AUGGGUCUGAGCCAUUCAAAGGCUCACUCUAGAGUAAUCAAAGUGGCACCUGUGCCAAGCAAAGAGGAGGAGACUGCGGGUCCUGUUGACUUCACACUCAAUCCACGCCUGGAAGAAAGGAACUUGUGUCUGUUGCCAAGAAUACAGGACCGGAGCGAGGCUUGGGGAGGACCACUGCCACCUCUACGAGAAACCUGGUAUGGAAGAUACUCUACAGUGUCCAGAGCCAUGUAUUUUGACAUCCCACUGGAAAAGGGAGAAACAAGCAUUAUUAAAAGGCAUCCACCCCGAAGACCUCAAAAGCUUGAACCGAUUGACCUGCCUCAAGUAAUUGCCUCGGAGAGGUUUCUGAGCCAGCGAGAAGCCAGGACAAGGCACAAAGCCAAGCAGGAACUGGAAAAGAAAAUGCAAGCUCCAGUGCAUACUUCUGGGAAAAGACAAUAUUUACAUAAGAUGCAAAUGCUGGAAAUGAACCGUAAAAGGCAAGAGGCCCAAAUGCAGUUCAAGAAAAGUCUUCACAGGGAAGCAAGAAUUAAUGAUCAAAAACUGAGGGACCAUGAGGCUGAGAAAAUCCUUCCAAGUGUCUCAAGGAGUGAUGAUGACGGCCUCCUAGCUACAUCUGGACAGAUGGACAGAUGUCUAGGAAAUUUAGAAAAUGCAGAAGUUUUGGAGCAUCAUGCAGGAAGUGACUAUUGUACCCAGAAAAUUGGUAAAAUGGAAGCAUGGAUCCGUGAGCAGGAAGCCCGGGGACAGCUUCUCUGGGACAGUUCCAGCUCUGACACUGAUGAGUUGGGCAAUGAUGAGAAGAAACCACGAGCACUGGUGAGGACAAGGACGGAGAGAAUUCCACAUUUUGAUGAGUUUUUUGAUCAAGGAUAA